AUCUCCAAAGGGCCCCAGCCGAGCUCUCUGCACCCCUUCGGAGACCGUCUCGGCGUGGGUGUGCCUGAGGUUAGGCCUGGAAGCACCACGCCCCUCUGCCCCGCACAAAAAUGGCGGGGCAGGCGUCAGCGAAGGCUGUUCCACGUCCAGCGGGGCUGCGUACACUGCGCAGGCGCACUUCGGCUUGUCCGGCAGCGGCUGCGGGGGCGGCGGCACUGGCGGCGGCGCGGGGCAUGGUCCCCGGGUCCGAGGGCCCGGCCCGGGCCGGGGGCCUGGUGGCGGACGUGGUGUUCGUGAUCGAGGGGACCGCCAACUUGGGGCCGUACUUCGAGGGACUCCGCAAGGAUUACCUGCUCCCCGCUAUCGAGUACUUCAACGGCGGGCCGCCCGCCGAGACCGACUUCGGGGGAGACUUCUUCCCUGCCCUGCCCUCCCAGUAUGGUGGAACCCAGUACAGCCUCGUGGUGUUCAACACAGUGGACUGCGCUCCGGAGUCCUACGUGCAGUGUCACGCUCCCACCAGCAGUGCCUAUGAGUUUGUCACCUGGCUUGAUGGCAUCAAGUUCCUGGGCGGUGGGGGUGAGAGCUGCAGCCUCAUUGCAGAAGGCCUCAGUACAGCUCUGCAGCUGUUUGAUGACUUCAAGAAGAUGCGCGAGCAGAUCAGUGGCCAGACACACCGAGUCUGUCUGCUUAUCUGCAACUCACCUCCAUACCUGCUGCCUGCUGUGGAGAGCACCACGUACUCAGGAUGCACAACAGAGAGCUUGGUGCAGAAGAUAGGGGAGCGUGGGAUCCACUUCUCCAUCGUGUCUCCGCGGAAGCUGCCGGCCCUUCGGCUGCUGUUUGAAAAGGCAGCCCCCCCUGCCCUGCUCGAGCCGCUGCAGCCACCGGCUGAUGUGAGCCAGGACCCAAGGCACAUGGUGCUAGUGCGUGGGCUGGUGCUGCCCGUCGGGGGCAGCUCAGCCGCAGGCCCCAUGCAGCCCAAGCAGCCAGUUCCUCUACCUCCUGCUGUGGCCUCGGCUACCACACUCUCAGCAGCCCCCCAGCAGGCUCUGCCCCCCGUCCCGCCACAGUAUCAGGUCCCUGGGAACCUGAGUGCUGCUCAGGUGGCUGCCCAGAAUGCUGUGGAGGCUGCCAAGAACCAGAAGGCUGGACUGGGCCCACGCUUCUCACCCAUCAACCCUCUCCAGCAAGCUGCUUCAGGAGUAGGCCCCCCUUUCAGCCAGGCCCCAGCGCCCCCACUGGCCCCUGGGCCUCCUGGAGCCCCCAAGCCACCUCCUGCUUCCCAGCCUAGCCUAGUCUCUACUGUGGCCCCGGGCCCAGGCCUGGCACCACCUUCACAGCCUGGGGCUCCAUCCUUGGCCAGCACCGUAGCCCCAGGUGGGGUAAGUGGCCCUUCACCAGCCCAACUCGGGGCUUCUGCACUUGGUGGGCAGCAGUCGGUGUCCAACAAGCUCCUGGCCUGGAGUGGGGUCCUCGAGUGGCAGGAGAAACCCAAGCCUGCCUCUGUGGAUGCCAACACCAAGCUGACACGGUCCUUGCCCUGCCAAGUCUAUGUGAACCACGGAGAAAACCUGAAGACGGAGCAGUGGCCCCAGAAGCUGAUUAUGCAGCUCAUCCCACAGCAACUGCUGACAACCCUGGGCCCGCUGUUCCGUAACUCGAGGAUGGUCCAGUUCCACUUCACCAACAAGGACCUGGAGUCCCUCAAAGGGCUCUAUCGCAUCAUGGGCAAUGGCUUCGCGGGCUGCGUGCACUUCCCACACACCGCCCCGUGUGAGGUGCGUGUGCUUAUGCUCCUGUACUCGUCCAAGAAGAAGAUCUUCAUGGGCCUCAUUCCCUACGACCAGAGUGGCUUUGUGAACGGCAUUCGUCAGGUCAUCACCAACCACAAGCAGGUGCAGCAGCAGAAGCUGGAGCAGCAGCGAGGGAUGGGACAGCAGGCACCUCCAGGCCUGGGCCCCAUUUUGGAGGACCAAGCGAGGCCUCCGCAGAAUCUACUCCAACUCCGAGCACCACAGCCCCAGCCUCAGGGCACUGUGGGAGCCUCUGGGGCCACAGGGCAGCCUCAGCCCCAAGGUACCACCCAGGCCCCCACAGGAGCACCCCAGGGUCCUCCUGGAGCAGCCCCAGGCCCACCUCCCCCUGGACCCAUCCUUCGGCCCCAGAACCCUGGGGCUAACCCCCAGCUUCGAAGCCUCCUCCUCAACCCACCACCGCCCCAGACUGGAGUGCCCCCACCCCAGGCCUCUCUCCACCACCUGCAGCCUCCAGGGGCUCCUACGCUGCUGCCCCCGCCACAUCAGAAUCUGGGGCAGCCCCAGUUGGGGCCACCGCUCCUACACCCACCGCCAGCCCAGUCCUGGCCUGCCCAGCUUCCCCAACGGGCUCCACUGCCAGCGGCCAAACGAAAGAGACAAGCAGAGGGCCGUGUGUUUCGAGAAAAGUGGGAGCGAGACUAUUUCUUUGUGGAGGUGAAGAGCGUGCCUACGUGCUUAAUAUGCAAAAAGAACGUGUCAGUGUUGAAAGAGUACAACCUGAAACGCCACUACCAGUCCCAGCACAGUAAGAGCUACAACCAGUACACGGAGCAGCGCCGGGAUGCGCUCCUGGAGGAGCUGAAGAAGGGCCUCAAGGCCAGCAAGGCCCUGCAGAGCCUCGAGUAGGAGCCAAGGGGUGGAGGAUGAUGGCGAGAGUCCUGAUCUUGCCUCACAGCACAGCGUGCAUCUUGAGCAGGCCGGCGUCUGUGAGGCCAUCCUCUGGGUCUGAUGGGCAUUUGAAUCGCGUCUGUGAGGCCGUCCUCCGAGUCUGAUGGGCGUUUGAAUCGCGUUUGUGAGGCCGUCCUCCGUCUGUGAGGCCGUCCUCCGAGUCUGAUGGGAGUUUGAAUCGCGUCUCUGAGGCUGUCCUCUGAGUCUAAUGGGCGUUUGAAUCGCGUCUGUGAGGCCGUCCUCGGAGUCUGAUGGGUGUUUGAAUCGUGUCUGUGAGGCCAUCCUCCGAGUCUGAUGGGCAUUUGAAUCGCAGGAGUCGGAGGCCUCACGGGUCCAGUUGCCUGAGUUGAAUCAGUUGCGGCCCUUCCAUGGCUGCGCAGAAACUCGGAACACGAGGUUAGCUUUAUUUGUGGUGACCAAGGAAGCCUGCAAGGUGGUGCCAGGUCGGCUGGACCCUGGCAAGUGGCUUGCUUUUGUGUAUGCACACCUCAGAAUUCAUAAGCACAACUACAGUCCGUCGUGGCGGCAAUCUGACGAUCCGCCAUGGGGCUGUCCCCAUACCUCGAUCCGAAGUGGCAGUGUUUGGAGAGGACAAGGGUCAGAUCCCAGCCUCAGUCACCAGGAAUCUGAUAGCUCUGACACCCCGACGACUUGACACUGGCUUUCCUGAGCUGGAGCCUAGGGAGCUGAUGGUGGUGGACCUAGGGAGCCGCUUGGUUCGUUUCAGACCUGCAGAGCCACGUCCCGGUUUCCUGGAGGUCAGACUCUACCCUUCUGAACACUGAAUCCAUCUUUGUAGGGAAGUUCGCAAACAGCUCCUGAAUGUAUGAUGGGUCCUGGCACCUGAGCCGCAGGUGAGGGAGAACAGACUGCUUUUCUUUGCUUCCCAGAAAUGAGAGGCAGCCAGGACCGGUCACCUACACUGUGAGACCCAAGACCAAGUCCCCCGAGGUCCCCACACCAACUUGAACCUGAACGGACACUGGCCAGUUUGCCGUUGCUGGUGGUGUGAACACAGAGCCCAGCCUGAGUUGUGGUGCCCCAAGAUGCUGGCGAGGUCUUGAGACCACUGUAGGAGGGUCCCGGGGGCUGGGGCUGCCCACUUGUCAGCAGUCACUUUUCCGUUACACCCCUGAAUCAGAAGCUCCUUUAAAGAUUCAAGAGUCGGAUUCUCGUGCACAUGUCCCCCCACCUGGCACUGACAUCUGGAUUAGAAGAGCAGAUGCCGACCUCCUGGCCUCCAAGAAAGGAGCAAGAGAAUUAUGAGAAAAAUUUUAAUACUUCUAUUUUUCAAUUUGUAUUUUUUCAAUUUUGAAUUUAAAGCAUACGCUCCAGUAUCAUGUUUGUGUUCUGUUCCGUGCGUUCACCUUAGCUCAGUAAAGAUCCAAUUUGAUUAUG